UAUCAUCACCCUUUCUUGGGCUGUGCAUAUUUGGCGUUCAGUGUGACCCUGUUUAGCAUUGUGUGUAGCCGAUAGAAUGGCACUACGGCAAGCGAAGCGACGGAAGAUCGCUUUCGAAGGGGAGAUUGCUUCUGAUGCCGAGACCUCCGCCCUUGCGUUGACCUCAGCGUCGGCUGUAAAGUCUUCGCGAUCCAACUUCAGCCCGACAGACUACCUUAUACAACAUGGCUGGCAAGGGGCAGGGGUGCCGCUCGAUGGAAAAAAUGGAAAAGGACUCAAGAAGCCACUUGCCUUACCCCAAAAACGGGAUGUCAAGGGCCUUGGCAAGAAUCGGGAUAGAGCAGUGGAAUGGUGGGAUUGCCUCUUCGAAGCAAGUGCCAAGACAUUGGCUAUCGGCCCUACAACUACACCAUCGACAGCCCCUUCCAGUGGCAUUGCAACGGCUACAAUCAUCUCUUCAGAAAAGAGCUUAUCGCUGCAUGCGACAGCCAAGCGCGAAGUUGCUCGACGCCAGCUUAUGAGUGGCUUUAUUAGAGGAGAAGUCAUUGGCGGCUCAGAUAUUUCAAAAAAGGGCAAGGAAGCGUCGAGUGAGCCAAAGGGCUCAGCAUCAAUGGCGUUUGAGGUUGUACCGCGCAGCGGUGCGACCGACAAACAGUCCUCAUCUGCAAAGGCUGCGAAGAAAGCCGCAAGAGAGCAGCGAAAGGCAGAAAAGGCAGCAAGGAAGUUGGCGCGAGAAGAGAAGCGGCAGCGAAAAGAGUCACGAAGACUUCGGAAGGCCGCAAAGCACGAGGCAGCAGCUGCAACUGUAGCAGAUCCCACUACUCUGUGUGGCGUCGAUGGCGAAGCACUACCACAUUCGCCAACGAUAUCUCCAACCAACGGCUUCCCAGAUUCAGAGAGUUUGAAGGAUAAGAAAAAAAAGAACAAGAAACGCGUUGCAAAGGGCGAUGGACCUGAAGGCAGUCCUGCCGAUGUUGGAAGACGCUCCCUCCUGCCAGAUAGUACGCCAAGGAGCAAGAAGACCCGACGAAAGACGGGAGAGGGCCAGGACUGAGGCGAACAAUGGAAUUGCAUGUUGCGCGAUGGCUCUUCAACUUAACGCAUGUGUAUACGGUAGCAGUCGAACAAAGUUAGCACACUGAUGUCGCAAUCCAUUCUCUAUCUCAU